UACGGCGGCGCCGGCAACACCCUGCUCUACGAGCUCACUGCACUCCGGCGAAGCUACCAUCAGCCGGUGCGCACUCUGGCCGCCCACGUGAUGCUCUCGUGUCCAGUGCAGGGCGACUUCGCGCUGCCGGCCGCCCUUCGUCAGCAGUCUGCGACGGACAUCCUGGACAUGUACAGCACUGCCGAGAUGCGCUUCACGCCGGCCGUCACGCCGCCCUCCAUUGUGAAGAAGCGCUCCCGCAAGGCGCGGGGCCGCCGCCGGCGACUCGCAGUGGCUCCUGGACCAGGAGACGGCGGCCGGCAGGGCCUCCGAGGCGCGCGUCGACUUUGCCUCGUGUCUGCUGGGCAGAUAGUACCGGAACUGCCUGUGCCGGGGUGUCAGGGAGACCAGAGUGGCCGCCGGGCUGACGGUGUUACGAAUUGUGAAUACAGAUAUUGUGGGAACCGAAACUGUUUGGUCUGCAGAGUUGACAUGUUCUCCAUCACCCGCGCGCUCUUCACCGUAUAG